AUGCGGUGGAACCUAAUACCAGACGUAAUAUUCUUCUGUCUACUCACCGCUACCGUAAUUGAAGCCAGCUGCCCGGACCAUGUAUUCCUUGGAUGUGUCUUACGACUAAAGGCCCAACGCGUGCCUUUUGAGCGGAACAUGGUCAACGUCAUCUUCAAUAUUGGCAAUGAGGCCAAGCUGUUGCAUACUUGCAAGGUCUACGGCUCCACGCUUCCCUGCUUCCGAGAAAAAGUGGUCGAAUGUGGUGAUGAUCGGCAGAGGAGGGUGUUGAAUGAGGUCGGCAAAAUGCUAAUGUUCCUCUGCUCUCCAUUUAGUUUGUAUCGGCAAAGGCAACUAAUAGAGCACCAGGAAUGCGUGCGUAACGUGCUGGCAUUGCCCGCAACAACUGGAUGUGACCUUCAGGGCACGGUGUUCCAGAAUCAGAUGACGUCGUGCAGAAAAGAAUGCCAGCACCAGCCUACAAACUUUAUUUGUCUGAUGAAAACGUGGAUAUCAGAACAGAACAUCUGCACGAUGACGGACAUUGAGAAGAAGUGCGGGGAGGAGGCCGCUGUUUUCUAUAAGGACCUACAAACCACCGUAUUCGAUCCGGCAUUUCCGGUCCUCUGCGAGACCGGCGAAGACUUCAUCACUACCGUAACCACCACCACGCCAAAGCCUACUACCACUAUUUACGUUCGGCCGACGAAGAAACCGUUUAUUAUCAAGAACAAAAUUAUUAAGAAGCCACAGCUCACCAACCCGUUCAACACCUCUAACAUUGUGUUCGGUGUUGUUCCAUCUGCCCAGAGCAUCAAUCGACCGGCCUUUAAUGUUCCUUUAACUACCACAAUACGUCCGGAACUGAUGGAUUCUACGCCCUACGUGGAGCAACAAACAACAGCCCAGCGGCAAUCGAAUUAUAUUCCCGAGAUGGCGGCCGCGAAUCCGGAUGUCGAGGAUAACGUUGAUCCAAGCCUGCUCGUCUGGCAGAAGCCGCAGGUCUAUCGGAAGCCACAAUCCAAGGAAUUUGUGGUUGAGGGUGAAGGUGAAGCCUCCACUCCUCGGUCGAUCAAGGUGAUUACGCUGCUAAAGUCGUGGCUGCCGGAAAGGUUACCAGGCUUCGAGUCUCUCUUCCAAUUCCCCGGUUCCGCUCCAAAAAGCCAAGAAGAUUCGCCUCCAACCACCACUUUCACACCCAUCCCCCUGCCCACCGUCGCCUACCGUAAUACCGAAAAGAAACCUGCGCCUCGUCGCUGGCGACCGUGGUACAUGUCGGGAGGCGAGAACUUUAAC